AUGAUAGGCAGAUAUAUUAACAAUACAAGCAUAUACAAUUGACUUAUUUCAGAUGCUACAGAAUUAAAAUUUUUAGAAGAAUUAGGUGAAGAAAAAUGAGAAAAGAUUGACUUUUUAACAAAGAUCACACUAAGAAGUAUUGAUGAUAAAUUGCGAACUAGCAGAGAAAACAGCAAAUACAAGCAUUUCUUUGAAAUCCAAAAUAUUGAAGAUGAAAUAGUACGCCAAUAA